AUGUCGCCCAAAGAACCAAUAGACGUCCCCUCUUUUGCGGCGACUCAACUUGCGCUUCUGGAUCAAGAGCUGCAGAGUGAAAUCCAGGAAACGAGCUCUCUCAUCUCCAAUCACAGCCCCACGGGUCUACAGCGCGCUGGCCUGGCCAUCACGAAUCUUACCAUCUCUUCUCAGAGAACGGGGUUAGGAGGCAAGACGGUGCUGGAACUGAGUCCCGAUAGUGCAACCUCAAGCACGGGAGAGCUGCCCGAACAUGGCAUUCGGACGGGGGAUAUUGUCCUGGUUGCAGAACAGCCGGCGGGAAGCGCAAAGAAGAGAGAGGUUAAGGAACUCGAGAGAAAGGGCGCCAGAGGCGUGGUGACGAAGGUGCAGAGGGCAGCUGUGAAUGUUGCAUUGGAUGAAGGCAAAGACGAAGUCGUAUUCGCGGGGAGAGUCUGGAUGGUGAAAUUGGCAGAUGAGGUUACUUAUCGACGCAUGAACCAGACAAUGGAGAAGCUACAGAAGAUGGGAGAGGCAGAGUACUCGAGUUUUAUAAGGGUGCUGUUUGGGCUGUCGAGUCCUUCUCCAGUGCCGCAGAACCUGACGACGAGUGACGAGGUUGGAAAUAUUGAGUGGAUAGACCCGACAUUGAAUGAUUCACAAAAGGAUGCCAUUCGGUUUGCUUUGGCAUCUCGAGAGGUGGCUCUCAUUCACGGACCUCCUGGGACAGGCAAGACCCAUACGCUGAUAGAACUGAUUCUGCAAAUGAUUAAGCGUGAACAGAGAAUACUGGUCUGCGGCCCGUCCAACAUUUCUGUUGACAACAUUGUGGAACGACUUUCUCCACACAAGAUACCCAUCCUUCGCUUGGGUCAUCCUGCUCGGCUCCUACCAUCAGUUCUUAACCAUUCUUUAGACGUACUCACGCAAACCUCUGAGGCUGGGGCUAUAGUCAAGGAUGUCCGUGCCGAGAUGGAUGCAAAACAGGCAUCAAUCAAGAAGACCAAGAGCGGCAAGGAGCGGAAGGCCAUAUACACUGAUUUAAAGGAGCUACGUAAGGAAUAUAGGGAGAGGGAGAGGAGGUGCGUCAGCAACCUCGUUGGCGGCAGCAAGGUUGUCCUCGCAACUCUUCACGGAGCAGGAGGUUUCCAGCUGAGGAAUGAGCAAUUUGACGUGGUCAUCAUCGACGAGGCGAGUCAGGCCUUGGAGGCACAAUGUUGGGUUCCGCUGCUGUCGGCGAAGAAGGCUGUCUGUGCUGGUGACCACUUGCAGCUACCGCCAACAAUCAAGUCUCUCAAUUCAAAGGUCAAAGCAAAGGAGACGACUCUCUUUGAUCGGCUUUUGGCCCUGCAUGGACCGUCCAUUAAGCGCAUGCUUACGACGCAAUAUAGAAUGCAUGAGAAGAUUAUGCGUUUCCCAUCAGACGAGCUAUACGACUCGGAACUUAUAGCAGCCGAUGCGGUAAAAGCAAGAUUGCUUAAAGACUUGGAGUAUGACGUUGAGAACAAUGAAGACACAACAGAGCCAGUCAUCUUCAUCGAUACCCAGGGGGGCGAUUUCCUAGAGCGCAACGAAGAUGACGAUAAAGAGAACCCUAAAAAGGGUAGCCUGCACGGGGAGAGCAAGAGUAACGAGAUGGAGGCAGCGCUGGUUCGCCUGCAUGUAAAGCAGCUGGUCGAAGCCGGUGUCCGACCCGAGGAUAUUGCCGUCGUCACUCCGUACAAUGCACAGCUUGCUGUGCUUGCCUCGUUGAAGGAGAAGUUUCCGGGCAUUGAGCUCGGAAGUGUGGAUGGCUUUCAGGGGCGCGAGAAGGAGGCUGUGAUUGUGAGCCUUGUGCGCAGCAACCCUGAUGGCGAGGUGGGCUUCCUGGGGGAGAAGCGACGACUUAACGUCGCCAUGACCCGUCCUAAGCGGUCAUUAACAGUCAUUGGAGACUCCGAGACGGUCAAGAGGGGGAGCAAGUUUUUGAAAAAGUGGAUGGAAUUUUUGGAGGAGAAUGCUGAUCUGAGGUAUCCUGAUAUUGCAGAGGUUAACCGAGAAUGA